UGUUUCGUCGCGGCCUGCUCAAGGCUUGUUUGCGUCGACAUGGCGGUUACCCUGAGGCUGUUGCUGGGCGUGCGUGUCCGCCCUGCUGUCGCUCGCUGUGGGUUCGCGACCCGGGGGGUGGCGGGGCCAGGCCCAAUCGGCCGCGAGGCGGACCCCCAUUCCGACUGGGAACCGGAAGAGCACCCUGAAACGACAGAAAAAAGCAAUUCGAUUCCAGAAAAUUCGGAGGCAAAUGGAGGCUCCAGGGGCCCCACCCAGAACCCUGACUUGGGAAGCCAUGGAGCAGAUUCGGUAUUUACAUAAGGAAUUUGCAGAUUCCUGGUCAAUUCCCAGGUUGGCUGAAGGCUUUGAUGUCAACACUGAUGUGAUCCGAAGGGUUUUAAAAAGUAAGUUUGUACCCACAUUGGAGCAGAAACUGAAGCAGGAUCAAAAAGUCUUGAAGAAAGCAGGGCUUACCUGCUCACACUGGCAGCUGCAGGGUGCUGGAGCUAACCUGAAGCCACUCUCUGAUAGAGGCCAUUCAGUGUCAGGCUCUUUGCUGAUGCCAGGGGGCAAAGACUCAUCUGCAGGGCAGAUUGACCCCGCAGCUUUGAAGGUGAUAGAGUCAAAUGCUUACAGUACAGAUUCACCUAGAAAACAGAAAAGAAGGAAUAAAGGAAUCCAGGGCUUGGAAAAGGAGAGUUUCGUGCCUGUUGUUGCUGCUAUGGGUCAACAGAGAGAGCUGCGCAAGUACUCCAACCUUGACUCUGAAGGCACUGGAAGAACUGGCAGGGAUGGAUUCCCAAGUGACAAGAAGCCAGAAGAGUUGAAGGUGGGGGAAUCGGAACACCAGAACUUCAGCAGCAAAGUUGUGCAGAGGGAACGCGAGUUCUUUGACAGCAAUGGGAACUUUUUGUACAGAAUUUGAACCAGGACCUGGCUUGGGGAGAUGUAAACAGCAGAGCAUGUAUGAAGAGGUCUUCAAAAAGUUUAUGAGAAAUGAGUAUUAGGAAAUGUGUAUGCGGGACUAGCAGUUGGUGUAAUGGCUAUGUUGCUGGACUCUCAUGUAGUCGACCAUGGUUCAAGUCCCAGACCCGGUGGCUUAAACUCAAUGCUGGACACGUGUGUGUGUGCUCA